GAGCCGCACCACCGAGACGGGAGCCUAGAGAGGCCGCCCCGCCCGCAUUCCCCUCCACUACGCCUCGCCGCCUCUAUCCCCGGAAGUUGUAGCUGAGCACUCGCUAGCAAGCACCUCACCUCGGAGAUCUGGAGCAUCGGUGCUGGCCGAGCCGUCACCAUGCCUCUGGCAAGAGACCUUUUACACCCUUCCUUGGAAGACGAAAAGAAAAAACAUAAGAAGAAACGGCUGGUUCAGAGCCCAAAUUCUUACUUCAUGGAUGUGAAAUGUCCAGGCUGCUACAAGAUUACUACAGUUUUCAGCCAUGCUCAGACAGUGGUUCUUUGUGUAGGUUGUUCAACAGUGCUGUGCCAGCCCACAGGAGGAAAAGCCAGGCUCACAGAAGGCUGUUCAUUUAGAAGAAAGCAACACUAAACAUCUAUACAAGUUCCUGAGUUUGCGUUUUUUCACAGAAAGCCUUAUCAAGUUUAGUGACUCUACCAAGACAAUGUAACUGUGUUUGAUUUUAUAAAGUAUACAACAGUGAUCUCCUAUUUUGGUGUCAGUUUUUCAAUAAAGUUUUAAUUAUAGACAAGUUCA